UUCGAAUCGAUAAAGUCAAUUUUUUUUCUGUUGUUGUUUUUUUUCGUUUAACAAUAAUGAUUAUAUUCUAAAGACUAUUAUUGUUGUUAUUGUUGUUUUAUCAACUUGUCAUCACAAUUAAAAUUUCGGCAAUCGAACAUCAUUAUCAUGUUGAACAUUUAUCAAUGUUUUUUUGUUGUAUCAAUAUUAUUUAUCGAUGUUAUCGGUAAAGAAAAUUUACAAAACAAUAAUAAUCAUUAUCAAGAGAUUGAUCAUCAAUGGUCAUCAUUAUUUGAUAAUGAUGAAUGUUAUCGAUGUAUUUGUGCGGCUUCAUCUGGAUGUCAACGAAAUUCUCGUUGUCGUGUAAUUGAACCGGAUAAAUAUCUUUGUGGUCCAUUUCGUUUGACUGAAUCAUAUUGGAAAUUGGCCAAUAAUUCUUCACCAUAUCGUUAUCGUUGGUUUGAUUAUCCAUUAGAUUUUGAACAUUGUGCACAUGAUCUUCAAUGUUCAAUACGUACAGUGAAAAAUUUUAUGCGACAAUUUUUUUAUGGAAAAUGUCCACAAUUAUUACAACAAUUGUUUAGUGAUAAUAAUCGAACAAUAUUCGAUCAAUGCACCCGGAUAUCAUUGAUUCAUUAUCAGGCAAUCUAUGGUAGUGAAGAUGUUGACAAUCUGUCAUCAUCAUCAUCAUCAACAACAACAACAAAAUCAUCGAUUUCAUGGGACAAUUGUCAUAUCAAUUUCGAUAAUGAUGAAAAAAUUGUUGAACAAAUUGAAUGGCUGCAGAAAAAUUUACCCGCUACAAGAUCGGAUAAUUAUUAUUGGAAUAAUUUUUUCUGGUGUUCUGAAUUAUAUUUACAAUAG